GUGAAAAAGGGAAAACUGAGCAUUGAUCCAACAGACUCGCUCACUCCUGGUGUGGUAUACAUAGGCCAUUUACCGCAUGGAUUUUUCGAGCCGCAAUUAAAAAGAUACUUCACUCAGUUUGGCAAAGUCACAAGACUUCGUCUGUCACGAAGUAACAAGACUGGAAACAGCAAGGGAUAUGCCUACGUGGAAUUUGAGUGUGAUUCUGUGGCUAAAAUAGUGGCAGACUCUAUGAAUAACUACUUAAUGUUUGACAGGCUUCUGAAAUGUCAGUACGUGCCACCAGAGAACUUGCACCGGAACCUAUGGAUUGGAGCAUCAAAGGUGUUCAAAAAACCAAAAGCGGCAUUAAUAGCGAUCGAACGACACAACAAAGCAAAGGAUCCUGUCAAAGAGAGAUUGAGGCUCCUCAAACAACAGUAUCGCCGCCAGAAGAAGCUAAAGAGUGUUGGCAUUGAUUAUAGCUUCGAUUUUGGGAACAAUGUCGCACGGACGGAAAAGUCUGGGAAUGAGUCUGAGAAAAGAAGGGCUGCGAAGAAAUCUGUGAUUCCAGUCGUGGUCGACGAAGGAGACAUGUUGAUACUCGAGGACCAUCCGAGCGAUGCCGAGAUCGACUUCAAGACUCCGCCGAACGUUGUUAAAAUGUCGCGCUUAAACGCAGAGGUUCCGCGAGCUUCGACCAAUCGCACGCCAGAUUCUAGCACAAGGUCGCGUAUGUUGUCGCUUCGCGACGCAGGCGCAUCGAUCGCUCGGCAACGCUCAGAGCGUCAGAAAACGCCGACAACUAAAGUACCGCAGAUUAAGAAAAUGCUCUCUAAGAGUGCGAAAGUGCCGGCAAAAACGACGAUCAAGAAGUCGAGACGCAGCAUGUAAUCCUUUGAUCUGCUUUGUAAAUUAAGCACGGUGUCACAUACGUAUUAUUUUUACAGGCAUAUAGACAGACAGGUGAUAUCCAUUAAAAUUACGGAAAUUACAGAUGAAUGCUUUUAUUAUAAAAUGGAUGUAUUGGAAUGCAAUGUUUGUAUUGGUUAUUUGAAUAUUACUCUGAUGUCAGAUUAAAAGAUAAUAUCCUAUUGAUUAUUUCAUAUUUUGUUUGCAUAAUUGUCUUGUAAAUGGAUAUCUGCUCUUGUUCAAUUGAAUGACGAAAUUAAAAGUUUUAACUAACUCCAUUUAAAAAUAGUAAUACGGAUACUUUUAUCAGGUUAGCAGUAUAAUUCCAAACUUCCUAUUUCGCUGCUUCUUUCCAUCUGGUCUUUCUCGAUCUCUUCUAAUGGUAUAUUAACACUAAUAUUUUGACUGAUGAUUCCUUAAGUGUAACUGCUAUAAAUUGUGUUGUAACCGGAGAUGUUCUAUAAUGUACACAUGCAGUGAGUUAUAGAAGUUUGGUUAUAUCGAAUACAUGUGCAUUUUACCAUA